AUGCUGGAAGCAUGGGCGGAUCUUCGUGCCAAGGUCACGUUGCCCGUCCUUGGCUUUUGCCUCGUUCUCUUGAUGGGCUUCGUGGCUUUGGUGGCCAUUUUCUCCAAAGUCUUUGGAAUUGCUGCAGGUGCAGGCAUCAUGGGUGCUACAGCUGCCUUGGCUUUCAUCAGCGCUCGGUCCGAGUCGGAGCUGGAAGAGGAGCUCGAAGCCGACACGCAGGAGAUGCUGCGGGAGUAUGCCUUGCAAGAGAAUCAGAGGCUCGAGUGGCUGAAGUGGCGCUUUGGCCGAGAAGGAGAAGAUGUUGAUGAGAACAUUGAAGAGGAUGAGGAUCAGUCCCCUCGAGUGCCGGGAAGUCGCCCUUUGCCUUCGAGAGUGGGCCCGUUGCGCGAAGCGCUGCAGGCGCGGCUCGAGGCGCUUCGCAACCAGGAAGCCCUGCCAGGCGAGGAACUCGAGGAGGCAGAGGAGGCGUCGGCAUCCGAAGACAAGACACUGGACUUAGAGCGUCUAGUGGCUGAGAUGCGAGAGCGAGAUGUGUCCCCGUUUGGUGUGAACUCGUCCGCCUCCCCAAAGAUGACAGGCGACGCUUCAUCCUCCACAGAUCUCAACCAGGCUGGGGAGACCUGCAGCGAAAUGAAAAACCGAGAGACGUGUCCAACCCUGGGAGAACCGCAGGAAAACGGCAAAAACCUUCGGUUCCUGAAAGCGCCAUGGUCUUAUACCCCAUAUAUCCCCAUAUCCUGGAUGCCGGCAAGAGGGCGGGGGGCGAAUUUGGCCCCAGGGAUGAACUGGAUGUGCCUCAGCUGA